AUGUGCGACCUCCCCGUCCGCACCGACGUCCUCGCCAUCAUUUCCCACAUCUGCGUCGCCGAGGGCCGCAAGGUCGAUAUCUUGGUCAGCUGCGGCGGCAUCGCGCGCCGGGCCCCCGCGGUCACGUUCCCGGAUGAUAAGCGGGACGCCGCCGUCAGGUUCAAUGAGUGGAUGGAGAGAGGGAUUUGUGUUAAUGCGUUGGCGCCGGGGUAUGUCGAGACGGGGUUGACGAAAGGGUAUUCGGAGGAGAGGGAGAGGAUGAUUCUGGAUAGGGUGCCGGCGGGGAGGUGGGGUCGUCCGCAUGAUUUGGCGGCGGCGGCCGUAGAUCUCGCUGGUAGAGGCAGGUAUGUGUUUGCCGCUCUUAUUCGGGCGUAG